GGCUCUCCGCUGGGAGAACUCUAUGGUGGGGAUUUCUAGGCGGAGGCCUCCGCGGGGACUCUAUGGUCGCAGCCCGCCCACCCGCCCCGUCCCGCGCGGCCCCGCCGCGGUUGCGAUGCCGCCGGCGCCGCUUCCCUGAGGCGGAGACGGGCGCGGCGGCGGCGGCGGCUCCGGUUCUCCCCACGCUCGGCCACCACCGGCGGGGCCUGGCGGGCCUCUGAGCUGAUUAUGGAAGAGGUGCACAAGAGCGGCAGUAACAGCUCCGUGACGCCUUCACAAACAGCAGCCGUACAAGGUACAACACUACAGGCAGCUCAGCUCUCUCAUAUUGCUCAACAGAUGUCUCUGAGAGGUCCUGCUCCUCUGACAGUUGUUCAGCUUCCUGGAGAGCAAGUCCAGGUCCAGGGAGUCAUUCAGACAGCCCAGUCCUCCUCUGUAAUCCACUCACCCCAGGUGCAAACAGUGCAGGUAUCUUCUUUGUCUGAGAGUGAAGAUUCUCAGGAUUCAUCAGAUAGCAUAGGCUCUUCACAGAAAGCUCGGGGUAUCUUGGCACGUCGUCCAUCUUACCGAAAAAUUUUGAAAGAUCUUUCUUCUGAAGAUACACGGGAUAGAAAAGGAGAUGAGGAAAGUCCCGGUGUCUCUACUGUUACGUCUAUGUCUGUUCCCACACCUAUCUACCAGACGAGCACUGGACAGUACAUUGCCAUUGCUGCAAAUGGAUUACAGCUGGCCAGCCCCGGUACAGAUGGUGUGCAAGGUCUGCAGACGUUAACAAUGACAAAUGCUGGCGGUAGCCAGCCUGGGACAACAAUACUGCAGUAUGCACAAACAUCAGAUGGUCAACAGAUACUUGUACCCAGCAACCAGGUGGUAGUGCAGACUGCAUCGGGAGACAUGCAGACGUACCAGAUCCGCACCACACCAACGACCACGUCCCUUCCUCAGACUGUGGUUAUGACAUCUCCUGUCACCCUGACGUCACAGACAAGUAAGACGGACGAUCCGCAGUUGAAACGAGAAAUAAGGCUGAUGAAGAACAGAGAAGCUGCUCGAGAAUGCCGUAGAAAGAAGAAAGAGUAUGUUAAAUGUCUGGAAAAUCGAGUUGCGGUCCUGGAAAACCAGAACAAGACUCUAAUUGAAGAGCUAAAAACUUUGAAAGAUCUUUACUGUCAUAAAAGUGUGUAAGAAAAGAAGGUAAAACUUUUGUGGACUGUAAAUUUCAGAGGAGAAUUUUUUUUUUAUACUGAAUUUUUUAAACUAGAUGAAAGGUCAAAAAUGAAACUUUUCUACCUAGAUUUCACAACUUAAAGACUAUAUAGAUUUUAUUUACAACAAGUUGGUGACAAAGUACAAAAAGGAAACGAGAAAACCUCACCAAAAUUCCUGCUGGCACAACUGGAAACUUUAUAAAGUCGAGAUUGCAUCUACAAUAAAAGGACAUUCACGUUUUACCAGGCAGGUGAUUAGAAUUUCUUUGAAAAUUUCUGCAAAUACCUCUUGUAAUGGGGGCAAUAUUUGGUAACAAUUAAAAUGUGGAUGAAAUGGAAUCCUUGCCAUAGUUAACAUUAUUAGUAACAUUUAUAACCAGUAUAUGUUUUGAUUUCUUACUCUUUUUCAAUCCUUACUUUUUUCUUUCAGUUAUUUGUAUGUAAAUAUUUUUAUUUUAACCUGUAAGUUGUUAUUUACAGGUGCAGAUGAUAAAAAAGCUAAUACUUUGCUAGAGGUAUAAAUUAUGUUUACUCUUUUUCAGCUGACAGUUUAAAAGUUUUUUUUCUGUUUUGUUUUGUUUUUCCAAUGUUUGCUGUGUUUAUCAAAUUUGGAAAGGAUCUGCAGAAAGCAGUGAGAGGCCUAGUCCUGAAAAUGUCUGAGGCACAUUAAAUAAGGUGUUGACUGGACUUAAGAGAAUUCAACACAUCCAAUUAUUUUAAAAUACAGAUUUGUAGAAUGAGUAAUGGUGAACAAAAGUUUCUGGAGAAUGAUUUUACAAUAGUUUGUUCUUAGUUGCUGGGCAUGAUAAACAUCUAUAAUUGAAAAAUAAAUCAUGUGCUGAUUAUAUAUACAAUUAAACAUGCACUGCUUCUUCUGUCUGGAGAUUCUACUGUGCUUUGGAACAUUUAAACCAAAUAGAAGAACGAUAAAAGGAAAAAAAAAAUUGAAGAUAUAUACCAAAGGGUUUAAUGAGGUUCUAAUAUGUGGUUUAUAUGCUGAAAGUAGCGCAAAAUUUCCAGACUAAUUUUGUAAGGUAAGCGAUAUUUUGCAAAGUAAUGGUAUCUUUGUAAGAAAAUACUCUAUUGAAAACAGGUAGAUGGUUGGUAUAUUUUGUAGCUAAAUUGUGAUCUUUACAAAUUCUGAAAUUGAGUUUAUAUACGUAUUUUGACAGUUUAUAUAUUUCAUUUUAGUAAACAAAUGAAAUAUUUUGUGAACCAGAUUUUCAAGCAUAUAUUUUUAUGGAAAGUACAAAGUCAAAUGAGAUCCUCUUUGGUGUAGGAGAUAUUUGAAUUAAUUUUGUAUGUCUGUAGGCAACUUACAAAAAACGGAUCUUAACAAGUAUUGGGAAAAAAGAGAUCAGGGCUUCCCCCCCCCAGUUGAUGAUAUCUGCAUAUUAGAUCUGAUUGCUCAGAGAUUCUAGUUUGUAUCAUUUUGAUUUGCUUCAGGUGCAAGUUAAAUGUUUGACAUGAUCGGGACUCUUUUGGGUGUGGAACCUCCAUUUGUGGAGGUGUUCAAAAGCCCUCUGGGACAUGGUCCUGGGCAUCCGGCUCUAGGUGACCCUGCUUGAGCAGGGGGGGGUUGGACCAGACGACCUCCAGAGGUCCCUUCCAACCUCAGCCAUUCUGUGAUCCUGUGAUUCUGUGAAAUAGAAAAAUGUGUAUGCAGUGCUUAUUGCAUGAAUAAUAAAUACACUAUUUCCAUAGUUAGGAUUGAAUCCUGCUUCCAGUUAUGUCAGCGGGAAUUGCACUAUGGACUAUGCUAUUAAAAAGGUGUUAGAGCUAUGUGUGUGUGUUGUGCUAGCUCAGAUCUGAAUGAAAUUAAAAGAUGUACUCACUCCCUAGAUGUGUACUGCUUAUCAUAUGGUCAGUCAGUAUGUUUUAUUUUACUCAUUUUUGAAUUAAUGGGCUUCUUAGCAAGGAGAGCUCUUUGCAAAUGGUAUAAGAAAGUCUGCAUUCCACAAUCACGUUGUUAGUAGGCUAUAUUUUUUUUUUUUCUAAAGUUUAUAAAUAUGACAUUGUUACGGACAUCAUCCACAAUACAUUUCCUUUAGGCCAGACUGGAGUAUAUAUUUGUGUUCUUCAAUCACGUCAAAAACGAAUGCUUUUGUUUCACAUCAAAAAUAUUGAGCAAGGUUGAGAAAGUCCUUACAUUAGUCAACUGCUCCGAAAGAGGUGCUCGGUGCCUCCUCCUCUCUGUCAGUGGAAUGUCAGGAAAAAUGAACACCACGGGACGUGCUUAGCACCUCAGAAAAUUGGACUUUUUUUGCUGUCUACCAUCAGGUGUGUGUACGCUAUUUGGCAUAUGUUUAAGAGGGUUUGACCUACAGUACUGAAACUAAUUUGAUAACUCCUCUGUAUGGUAUUUUGAUCCUCACUGUGUGCUGUUGUUCCUUUACCUUCUUUUGUAAUACAGAAUAAUAAUAAAAAAAGCUAUCAAGUGUUAAGACUGUAUAAAAUAUGGUGGCCAAUUCUUUCUGUAUUCAGCAAGUGAAACAACUUUGUAGUGCUGCCAGACAUAACGUUAGUAAAUUUUUAUCCUCUUAAAAUAGUGUUUGGGAAGAGCAGCUUAUUUUUCAUCAUGGAAAUAUUAAACAGUAACAUGGGUUUGCUCUUUAAGUCAUCACUUAUCAUGAAAAGUGCUUAUUCUGGAUUUACUUCAAAAUCUAGAUGGUGAGAGAAUAAAAUCUAUAUCCUGAGAGUAAGAGGUGUAGUACCAAGUACUGUUCUGCUGAUUAUUUCCAAACGAAAGUACAUGCUUUAUAUGAAUUGUAAAUACUUGUCAAAACAAUUAGAUGGUUGCAGAUUUUGACCUUGGUAAAUAAAGUCGCCAAAAUCUAA